AUGGUCAUCUACCAGGACCUCAUCAGCCACAAGGAGAUGUUCUGCAGCAUCUACAAGAUCCAGGAGCUCGCGGACGGGCCGUGUCUGGAGACGGAGGGGAAGAUGGUCAGUAGGACAGAGGGUGGCACAGAUGACUCGCUCCUUGGUGGAAAUGCCUCUGCUGAAGGGCCCGAGGGCACAGGUACCCAAAGCCCAGUAAUCACUGGUGUCGACGUUGUUAGGAACCAUCACCUGCAAGAAACCAGCUUCACGAAGGAAGCCGAGAAGAAAAACAUCAGAGAUGACAUGAAGUCGAUCAAAGGGAAACGUGAAGAACAGGGACCAGAAAGAGUAAAACCGGAAGUAAAACCUUUUAUGGCAAGUGCUGCAGAGCGAAUCCAGCACAUCCUUGCUAACUUCAAAAACGAUCAGUUCUUCAUUGGUGAAAACAUGAAUGCCGAUGGCAUGGUCAUGGCUGCUCUGCUGGACUAG